CUCCCGAAUCGCCCCGACACAAGUCUACGACAUGAGCGACGACAUUAUCCUGCCCCUGCUGCACUUCAACGACGUGUACCAUCUGGAGCCCUUCCGCACCGAGCCUGUCGGCGGGUUCGCAAGGUUCGCCAACACCGCAAAGUCCUGGAUCGAGGAUCAAAAAACCAAGUUCAACCGGCCCGAGUAUCUCUUCACCUUUGGCGGGGAUGUCUUCAACCCAAGUGUCGAGUCGAGCAUCACCAAGGGCAAGCACAUGCUUCCGGCCCUGAACUAUCUUGGCAUCGAUGUCUCCUGCUACGGCAACCACGACUUUGACUUUGGCGUCGAGACCCUGAUGAACCUCACCGCAGCGACCAACUACCCGUGGAUCAUGUCCAACGUGUGGUCGACGCAGAUGAAUCGCUUCCUCGCCAACGGGCGAGAGUACGUCGUCCUGGAGCGAUACGGCCUCCGCAUCGGCUUCAUCGGCUUGGUCGAGCCCGACUGGCUCGAGACCAUCACUCACUUGCCCCCGGUCGAGUAUCGCGAUUUUGUCACGACCGGAAGGGAUCUGGCCCGCAGGCUCAAGCGACCCCUGGGCGACGACGGCGGCGAAGGCGUUGACCUCGUUUUCGCACUGACGCACAUGCGCUUCCCAAACGACCAGCGCCUGUCCAACGAGGUGCCCGAGAUUGAUCUGAUCCUGGGCGGCCACGAUCACGACUUUUUCAUCAACAGCGACGGUGUCGUCGAGAUCGAAAAGAACGUUUACGAGGGCAAAGUGCGGGUCAUCAAGACCGGAUGCGAUUUUCGUGAGCUGUCCCUCAAUGAAGUGACUAUCCAACCCAAGUCCGACGGAGCGCCUGCGCGAAUUCGUUCGAUCAAAGUGACCCGCAAGGAAAUCGUCGAAAGCCUUCCUGAGGAUCCCGAGGCCCUGGAACUUGUCAAGCACUGCCUCGCGGGAAUGGGCCAGAAGCUCCAGCAGGUCAUUGGCCGCACCAGGGUCAUGCUGGAUGCCCGAGGAUCCAUCUGUCGAACGCGCGAGUCCAACAUGGGGAAUCUAGCCACGGAUUUACUGAGAAUCACCUAUAAUUCCGACAUUGGCUUGGUUGUUGGAGGCACGAUUCGCUCUGACACAACGUACGGCCCCGGCAACUUGACCAUUCGAGAUAUCAUCGAUAUCUUCCCCUUCGACGAUCCGUGUGUGGUCAUCAGAAUCAAGGGCAGUGAUUUGUACGACGCCCUCGAGAAUGGUUUCUCGGCUCUCCCCAAAACCGAGGGCCGUUUCCCGCAAGUCUCUGGCCUCAAGAUCCGCUUCGAUUCGAGACUGCCUCCGUACAAGCGCAUCGUAGAUGUGCACAUUAUUCGCUCAGGUCCAGAAACGUGCCUGCUGGAGAAGCUGGAAAUGGACAAGUUCUACACCGUCGCCACCCGCGAGUAUCUCAGCCAAGGCCACGAUGGCUUUGAGAGCUUAACAAAGUCCACUCUGGUUGUCGACUCGGAGAGCGGCAUGCUUCUUUCAACCAUCUUGAGGCGAUUCUUUAUCGGCAUCAAGGUGGUUAAUCGAUUCCGGGCCAUCCGCUCCGAGCAGGAGAAGAUAUCCAGGGACGCCUUCACCAAGUGGCGGCGUUUGGUGAAGGACAGCUUCCAGAGCAAGGACCAUCUGCACCACCAUAACUUUUCGCAGCACACUGCGGCUCCUGCCCCUCGGCCCCUCUCUGAGAGACCCUAUCGCGUCGCAACGCCGCCGUUCGUAUUCAGCGAAGAUGAGUCUGAGUGGGAUGUCCCUGAAAUCGAGCCUGAGGUCGAGAACCGAAUCGUUGAUAUUGCUCAUGGAAAGGAGCAUUAGCUCAGCGCUCGCUCAAGAUUUCGGCAUCGCCUUUUGGAGCGUCAGUAUAGGGCCACGUGCCAAAUAACCACCGACUGUCGCUUCCUCGAUUGCUGACUGUGUAUCGCGAGACUGUGCUUCCCAAAUCCACAACAGGCGGUGCCUGAAACGAAGGAACGCAUAUGCACUGUCCGGUUUCAUUUCUUUGGUUCAGUCAAUACUGGAUGAAUACAUGGGCACCGCACAUUCAGAACACAGAGGCUAUCGGCUCCAAAGCACGAUGGCUGUUUCGAUUGGUCGGCGCUGCAGUACUCUUCUAACUGCUUGGAAACUGGGCUUGUGCUGGAUUACAGGCGAUCCAAUAAAAAACGGGACAUCCUUCUCGACCAC